CUUCUCUUAUUAUUUUACAAUAUAAAUCCUAAAUCAAUACUGAUAUGGCUGUUUAAUUUGGUGCUAACCGGCCAGCUAAGCGCCGUCAUUUGUCACAUCACUUUAUCGUUACGUCUGUAACGAAAAACGGUAAAAGGGACUGUUUUGUCACUUUUUAAAAGUUGAGUGACUGAAAUAAAAAUAAGAUAACUAUUUUGUUAGAUACCCAAAAGUGUAAUUUACACUAAUAAUAAUAAUAAUAAUAAUAAUAAUAAGUUCAGCAAUUUGCUGUCCAAAGAAAAAUAAUUACCAACCUCACCCCCAAAAACAGCUCUUCAAAACUUCUCAUAAAGAGAAAUACUUCUCCACUAAUACAUCAAAUAUUCUACUAAUACUGAGUUUGUCAAAUACUUACAGAUCAGUUUGUGGAAUCUGUUCUGGACCAGCAGGAGAAAUGGCAGAGGCUAUUGUGUCCUUAGCUGUUGAAAGAAUUUCUGAUUUACUCAUCCAUGAAGCUGUUUUCCUCAAAGAUGUGAAAGAUCAAGUUGAGAGCCUAAGGACUGAACCGAAGCGAAUGCAGUGUUUCUUGAAGGACGCGGAUCACAAUCUUGAACAAGAUGCGCGUUUCCAGAAUCGGGUGUCGGAAAUGAGAGAUCUUGCUUAUGAUGCUGAAGAUGUCAUCGACUCUUUUAUUCUUAAAGCAGCACAUCAACGAGGUUUUCAUGGGAUUGUCAAGAGAUUCACCUCCAUUUUCACCAAACCUUAUCAUCUGCACAAAAUCGGGGUGCAGGUCAAAGCAAUCAAGACCAAGCUCCAAAACAUUUCCGAGAAUCUUCCAGCUUUUGAGAUACCCGGUGAUGGAGAAGGCUCUAGCUCAAUUUUCAAGGUGCAGCAACGGUUAGGAAGGGCAUACUCACAUGUCGAGGAAGAGGACGUUGUUAGCUUGGAGGUUAGCACCAAGGAUGUCAUGACCAAAUUGAUGACUGAAGAAGAUAGAUCCCACGCCGUAGUUUCCAUAGUCGGCAUGGGGGGCCUCGGUAAGACUACUCUUGCCAGAAAAGUAUAUAAUCAUGUUGAUGUGAGACGCCAUUUUGAUUUCUUGGCUUGGUUUUCUAUCUCUCAACAAUGUAAGCGGAGAGAAGUUUUGCUUAGUGUCUUGAAGAAAGUUCUCUCUCCUUCUAACGAUGAAAGAGAGAAAAUUGAGAAAAUGGACGAGAUUGAGCUGAGGAGAACGCUUUUUGAUGCUUUGAAAGAAAAGCGGUAUUUGGUGGUCCUCGAUGAUAUUUGGAGAAGCGAGGAUUGGGAUAUUCCUAAACCUGCUUUUCCACGAGGAAGAAAGGGAAGCAAAAUAUUGUUCACAACACGAAUAAAAAAUGUGGCUUCACGUGCCGAUCCUUGGAGCACUCCCGUGGAGCUCUCACUUCUUACAGAUGAUGAAAGUUGGAAUCUUUUGUGUAGGAAAGCAUUCCCACGGAGCAAAAUGGGUUCUCAAUGCUGCUCAGAAGAAUUUGUGAAGCUUGGAAAAGAGAUGGUGAAAAAAUGUGGAGGUCUGCCUUUAGCAAUUGUUGUAUUGGGAGGCUUGCUAGCAACAGAACAGUCAUUGGCUCAAUGGGAGAUGGUUCACAAAAACAUCCAUCGUCAAUAUGGUGCAGUGAACCGAAUUUUGGUUUCAAGCUACAAUGCCUUGCCUUAUCCUUUAAAACCAUGUUUUUUGUAUCUUAGUCGUUAUCCAGAAGAUUGGGAGAUACCGAAAAAAGAACUCAUUCGUUUAUGGAUCGCUGAAGGUUUCAUUCCGGAAAACAAAGAAUUAUUGAUGGAGGAUUUAGGCGAAAAAUUCCUAAAAGAGCUUAUAGAUAGGAGCUUGGUUCAAGUUAGCAGGCGAGACUAUACAGGAACAAAUGUGGAGACAUGUCGAGUGCAUGAUCUCUUGAGGGACUUGUGCAUGGAGAAAGCAAGAGAGGAGAAGUUCUUGGAAAUUAUUCCACAACCACUGCAUGAACUUGAAGUGACAUUGGCAGAAUCUAUGCUACGAAGAAUUUCUAUUCAUCCUAGUAAAUCGAAAGUUUAUUUGAAGGGAGAGCAUCCAAAAUUACGUUCUUUGUUGUUUUCUCAGAAUGAGGAAUUGGUAGAAUUAUGCAUUUCAAAUUACAAAAGCUUCAAAUUUUUAAGAGUGGUGACUCUUGCAAAAAGGGGCAACUACAAAAAGUGGUGGCAUGUGUCGACUGAAAUUGGUAAUCUCCAACAUUUGAGAUACUUGAAGUUAUACUACUACAAUGGCAAAAUGAUUUUGCCGCGAUCUAUUGGCAGGUUGAAGAGUUUGUACACUUUAUACAUCAAGUCUAGUUUUGGCAUUGUAAUUCCAGAUGGUGUGUUUAAGUUGGAACGUUUAAGGCAUAUUGUAAUAAAAGUGGAUGGGAUAUUCCCCGUACGUGGAUUUCGUUUGCGGCUAGGGUUCACUUCAAAAAAUAUUGAAACUUUGAAGUGCAUAGAGGUGGAUGAGAAGGCGGUUGAAAAUAAUGCGGUGCUUAGGUGGACUAAUAUUCAGAGUUUAGGAAUAGUAUUUACCAGAGCAAAAUAUGUUAAGCCUACCCUAAUAUUGCUAACCAAAUUGCAACGCCUUAGAUCAGUGUCCUUAAGUAUUUUUGAUGGCUUAGACCCAGACUUAGAACCCCUUUCUCAAUAUUAUCACCUCUCCAAACUGAAAUUAUUCAGGCGGAUAGAAGAUAAGCCACAUCCAAACGGUCAUGUUUUGAAAUUUCUUCCAUCAAAUAUUGUCAAAUUAACUUUGGCUGGUUGUGAGCUGAGCCAAGAUCCAAUGGUCGUAUUAGAAAAGUUAUGUCAUUUGAGGUGAUGUGCUCUUCAAACGGAUUUCCUAAACUUGAUUAUCUUCGAAUGAUUUUUUUAAGUAAGUUGGAGGAGUGGGAAAUAGAAGAAGGUGCAAUGCCAUGCCUUCGAAAAUUGAUGUUGUUUAGUGUUCGUAGUUUAAGGAAGCUUCCAGAAGGAUUGAUGUAUAUUACUACUCUUCAAGAAUUGAAUUUAAUACAAAUGCUUCCGUCAUUGGAAGAAAGGAUUAAAGUAAUAGAUGGAAGAGAAGGAAAGGAUUUCUAUAAA